AUGGACCAGGCGGCGGACACCUCCUCGGUGCGCUUCUGUGCCGAGUGCAACAAUAUGCUGUAUCCACGCGAAGACCGCUCCGCACGGCAGCUGCUUUUCUUUUGCAAGAAUUGCGACCAUCAAGAGCCGGCAGUUGGGCAUAUUGUCUCCCGAAACGAUAUCCUAUUCAAGGGCCAAAGCAAGCAAAGGGGGCGUGUUGACCUUGCUUCGGAUCCUACACUUCCACGCACAUCAAGGGUAAAAUGCCCGCGUUGCACACACCAUCAAGCCGUUUUCUUCCACGAGCGGGAGCGAUAUGCAGAUGCCCCGUCUCUCACACUCAGCUUUGUUUGUUGUAACAUCAGCUGUAACUUCCAAUGGAAGGAUGUUUCCGCUACUGUCUAG